AUGGCGAGGAGGAAAAGAGUUAGCUUGUUCGACUUGGCUGAUGAUUCUUCGUCGUCGUCGGGGAAAUCUGUUCCGGAAAACCGUAACGGCGGCGUAAAUUCCACGAUCAACAAGUGGAACGGCCGGCCGUACUCAGCGAGGUAUUAUGAGAUCCUGGAGAAGCGGGCCAGCCUGCCUGUUUGGCAGCAGAAAGAUGAGUUCUUGAAGAUGUUGAGGGAAAACCAGACUAUAAUCCUCGUCGGCGAAACCGGGAGCGGAAAGACCACUCAGAUUCCUCAGUUUGUAUUGGAAACACUGGAUUCCAGGGCCCCGGGGAAAUCAUCAAUGGUUGCCUGUACCCAGCCCCGCAGGGUUGCCGCGAUGUCGGUUUCGCGGCGAGUUGCCGACGAGAUGGAUGUCAUCAUCGGCGAGGAAGUUGGAUACAGCAUCCGUUUUGAGGAUUGCAGCAGUGGAAGAACUGUGUUGAAGUAUUUAACAGACGGGAUGUUGUUAAGAGAAGCUAUGAACGACCCGCUUCUGGAAAAAUACAGAGUGAUUAUACUUGAUGAAGCUCAUGAACGAACUCUGCCAACUGAUGUUCUUUGUGGGUUACUCAAAGAAGUGCUGAAGAAUAGACCUGAUUUGAAGCUGGUUGUUAUGAGUGCUACUCUUGAAGCUGAGAAGUUUCAGGCCUAUUUCGAUGGGGCUCCCCUAAUGAAAGUCCCUGGUAGACUUCACCCUGUUGAGAUUUUUUACACUCAGGAGCCUGAGAAGGAUUACCUUGAGGCCGCGAUUCGGACUGUUUUGCAGAUUCAUAUAUGUGAAUCCCCUGGUGAUAUACUUGUUUUUCUCACCGGGGAAGAAGAGAUUGAGGAAGCCUGUAGAAAGAUUUCCAGGGAGAUAGGCAAUUUAGGAGAUGAAGUCGGUCCUGUUAAGGUUGUGCCUUUAUAUUCCUCACUGCCUCCGGCAAUGCAGCAGAAGAUUUUUGAGCCUGCUCCGGGUCCGUUGGUGGAAGGUGGUCCAGCUGGGCGGAAGAUUGUUGUGUCGACAAAUAUUGCAGAAACUUCUCUGACCAUUGAUGGAAUAGUUUAUGUUAUAGACCCUGGUUUUGCAAAGCAAAAAGUGUACAAUCCGCGAACCAGGGAGGAGUCUUUGUUGGUUUCUCCAAUAUCAAAGGCUAGCGCGCACCAGCGUUCGGGUCGCGCUGGAAGGACGAGGCCUGGUAAAUGUUUUAGGCUCUAUACCGAGAAGAGUUUCAACACUCAUCUCCAGGAACAAACAUACCCCGAAGUACUGCGCUCGAAUCUGGCAAACACGAUUCUUACUUUGAAGAAACUCGGUAUAGAUGACCUGGUUCAUUUCGAUUUCAUGGAUCCUCCAGCUCCAGAGACAUUAAUGAGAGCCUUGGAGUUGUUGAAUUACUUGGGUGCCCUAGAUGAUGAGGGAAACCUCACAGAGUUGGGUAAAACUAUGAGUGAGUUUCCCUUGGACCCUCAGCUGUCGAAAAUGCUUGUGGUCAGCCCAGGAUUCAACUGCUCCAACGAAAUUCUUUCAAUGUGUGCAAUGCUUUCAUCACCCAAUUGCUUUCUCCGGCCUAGGGAGGCCGCGAUUGCUGCAGAUGAAGCAAAGGCUCGUUUCGCUCACAUUGAUGGGGAUCAUCUCACCCUGUUGAAUGUAUACCAUGCAUAUAAGCAGCACAACGAUGAUCCACAAUGGUGUUAUGAAAAUUUCGUCAGUCACAGAGCACUUAAGUCCGCGGAUAAUGUGAGACAACAGCUAGCUCGGAUCAUGGCCAGGUUCAACCUCAAGCUGUGCAGUACAGACUUCAGCAACCGUGACUACUAUGUCAAUAUCAGAAAGGCCUUGUUGGCGGGUUAUUUCAUGCAGGUGGCUCACUUGGAGCGCGCCGGGCAUUACUUGACCGUGAAAGAUAAUCAAGUGGUGCAUUUGCAUCCUUCCAACUGCCUUGAUCACAAACCAGAAUGGGUUAUUUUCAAUGAAUGUUUGAUCACUAGCAGGACAUUCAUCCGAACAGUCACUGAUGUUCGCGGAGAAUGGUUGGUGGACAUAGCUCCUCACUAUUACGACAUGACCAACUUCCCGAAUUGUGAAGCCAAGCGUGUCCUCGACAGACUGUACAAGAAACUGGAGAAGGAAAAGGUAGAAAACAAAAGGAGGAAGUAG